AUGAAUCUCACUACCUGCCUCCGCAAAUACAACCCCAACGUCUUCCGCCAACUAGACCCCUACUCCGACCCAAUCUACCUACAAUCACCGCACCGACCCCAAACAGCCCUCGCACACUCCCUAAUCAUCCCACGCACCCAUCCUUCCUACAACUCUACACACAUCUACAACGACUGCCAGUUCUGCGAAGAUGAUCCACGCACCGGUGCACACUACUGUCGUACUUGCAUCGAAGCACAAUACUAUGCCCUGCAAUCUCAAUCACAUUCCCAACCGCAAGUCCAAGAUAUGUACUACACCGUAUGCGAAUGUCCGCAUUGCGAUAGCAUUUCAAAUCCGUCCACCUUCACUUCAAGAACCUAUUCUAGAGGUAACGGCACAUAUUCAAAUUUAAAUAUAGAACCGGUUUCUCAACAACUGCUUAAUGCAGGAAGAUAUACACAUGUAUCUCCCAAUAGACUCGGACGAAGUCCUUGUAGAGACGUGGGUUUACUUGCUUCCAGUUCCUGUUUAGGCGCUCUAGGUGGCUUGGGUGGACCCAGUUUUGGAAAUCUCGGUGCUCUUAGCGGGAUUGGCGGGGUAAGAGAUAUGAGAGAUACAAGGCAUCAUGGUGGAAGAUAUGGGUUGCAGAACAACCGGCUCGGGAUUGGAUAUCGGGUGUAG